CCCGUUCUUUCCUCACCCCCGGUUUCACCCCUGUCGCGUGGGCUCACACCCAAGAUGACAUCAUCCACGGUUCCUAAAAGCAUCCACACGGCGGCGGCAUUGAUCAUUGGUGACGAGGUGCUUGGUGGAAAGGUAUGCUAUGUGAUCGAAUUAAAUCACCUGCCCUCGUUUCUGUUCUCCGGAAGCUCCUGGUCUGGGUGAACCCGUCGGAUGGAGACUGACCGAGUGAUGUCGCUUGACUUUAUAGACGGUCGAUACAAACUCUGCCUUCUUUGCAAAGUACUGUUUUUCCCUCGGAAUCCAGCUGAAGCGCGUGGAAGUAAUUGCCGAUGAUGAGGACGAGAUCAUGGAAGCUGUGAGGCGCAUGAGCAACAACUACGACUUCGUCGUGACUAGUGGAGGCAUUGGGCCAACCCAUGAUGAUAUCACGUACGAAUCGAUAGCCAAGGCCUUCGGACUAAAACUCAAGCUCCAUGAUGCUGCCUUUGAGCGUAUGAAGAAACUGUCGAAGCCGCACCCAAUGCAGCCCGCCUUCGACUGGGAUACCCCUUCCCCAGCACUAACCGCGAAACUACGCAUGGUCGAAAUCCCACACGACGACGCCCUACCGAUAGAACAACAGGCUGUCUUUGUUGCAGAUGACUUGUGGGUGCCGAUUGCUGUGGUCAAUGGCAACGUGCAUAUUCUCCCCGGCGUCCCGCGCCUAUUCGAGAAACUUCUCGAACACCUAAAGCCCUUUUUGCUUCCUCGGUUGGUCAACCCUGAGGGCAAGGGUAUCUACCGCUACCUCUUUAGCACCCCCCUUCCAGAGAGUGCAGUCGCACCAUACCUUACGGAUCUUGCGGCGCGGACUGCCUCGCGCGGAAUUAAGGUCGGUAGCUAUCCUCGCUGGGAGAAGAAGCGUAAUACCGUAACACUGGUAGGAACGGAUAAGGAGCUCAUGGACUCCCUUAUUGCGGAAGUUGAGGAGAACGUGAAGGGAAAGAAGGUGUUGCAAGAGGAUGAGAUGGAUUCUCUCUCUGAUGCGGAGGGGAGCAACUAAAGUGGGAUGGAUAUAUAUCACUUCUACCAUCGUCUUGUAAAUCACAUGGACCCGUAUUUAGAGUUUUGAAAAUGCUUACUUCCUCUGUUUGGGAUGUAUUUUGAUGUAGGGAUAUCUCACAGCACGGUUCGAUGGAUUGUCUCAAGCUCAUGAUCUCGGAAUUGACCAAGCAGAUAUAGGAGUGGACGACCAAGGUCCACAAAACAGCUCUGACCCAA